AUUAGGACCAUUCGAUGGUUGGACCGGUGUUUAGCUGCUAAUCAGCGCCCAACAGAACAGAAUCUGUUCCCCAUUGUUCAGGGUGGUUUGCAUGAAGAUCUCAGGACUAUCUGUGUGCAGGAGCUGCUCAAGAGAGAUGUAUCUGGUUAUGCAAUUGGUGGCCUCAGUGGAGGGGAAUCAAAGGACCGAUUCUGGAAGAUAGUUCACCAUUGCACAAAUCUACUUCCGAAAGAGAAGCCUCGCUACCUGAUGGGAGUUGGUGUUGCUGUUGAUCUCAUUGUGUGCUCUGCUCUGGGAGUAGACAUGUUUGAUUGCGUAUUUCCAACACGGACUGCUAGGUUUGGCUGUGCCCUCAUUGAAUCAGGGCAACUGAACUUGAAGAAUAUCAUGUAUGCCAAAGAUUUCUCACCUUUGGAUCCUGAGUGCAACUGUAGCACCUGUAGGAACCAUACCAGGGCAUACCUCCAUUCCAUUGCCACAGAUGAAUCAGUUUCUUCACAUCUCCUUUCCACCCAUAACAUCGCUUUUCAGGUAAGACUCUUCUCUAUCUUUGUGCACAGUGACAUGGAGAACAUCUAUUGGCUGUAUUUGCAGAUGAAGUUGAUGAGAAAUAUCCAAGAAAAUAUAUCAGCUGGUACCUUUCCUGAAUAUGUAAUGUCAUUUAUGCGAAAGAAUUGGCCUCUGAGAAAUUAUCCUCAGUGGGCUGUAGAUGCCCUGAAAGCAGUCAACAUUGACGUGGAGUGA